GUGACCGUGGAUACGUGGAGUUCGCGUGCUGGGAUCGAUAUAGUGGAAUAUUCCCCCGUCCUUUUUUUUUCUUAAUCUGCUUGGCCGUUUCUUUCAAGGUGUGCUUCCUUAAGCAAGCAUUACUGUUUGAUCGAGGAGCUUUCAACGCCAACUGCAGACGCCGAAGAGUCCAAGUGAAGAUGCCUGGCGCCGUUCCUGGCUUCUGCAACCUCGAAUGUUGGUGCCACGUCCCUACCCGCGGUGUCCACAAGCCUCCUUGCUACUUGUGCGUCAUCGACUGCUGCUCUUUGUCGAGUAAAAAGGAAGCGACACCAUCGGCCCCUAGUCUGACUUCGCUAGAAGAAACAGAACCUGCACAUCUUCCAUCUGCCAGUGUAGAGACAGAGACGCAACCCAACGACACUAAUACCCCCAGUGCUCAACCACCCCCGAGGAGUUAUGGAUGGCGCGAGAGUUUGCAGAGACGCGCUUCCUUGGGCAUCGUCGACCAAGGAACGGCACACAAUCAAAAUUUUUUCGCAGAGACUUACAUCAGCCUCCCUCCUGACCCUGAAAACGCCCAACCCGAAACUGAGGCUCCAGGUCCUUCUAGAGGAACGGGACCUGCCGAAGGUGUCUACAUACCCGAGCCCGAUUACUUUACAACCCCGGUGGAAAGCCCAGUGUCCUUAGAAGGGAGCCGAGAUGACGAGGACACGGGGACGGCUUGCGAUGAUGAAGCCGAGGAAAGCAAUGCGAAACAAAUGACAAGAAUACAGAUAAAUUCCGACAGUAGACCUAUCGAUUUAGCCGAACUGAUAAGAAAUGUGAUGCUGGACCCACGAGACCCGAGUGAUGAUGAAGACGAAGAUACAUCCGAGAACACAGAGACACAGAGCGUACCCAGCGGAAAGCAACAGUUUGAAAGAAACCCUUCGAGACGGAGGCGAGACAGGAACCAGGGAGCUGAUAAAUAUCAGAGUUUCUACAAUACCGGUGCUAAACCCUACCUCAUUGCGAGGGCCAGCCUAACCCGCCACCAAAGUCUUAAUGGGGCUCUGUCGCAGAGCGAGACAGAAUUCCAACGACUGCACAAAAUCCACAGGAGAGACACGUCGUCCGACGCGGCAAGACGGUACCUGCAGAGCGACGAAAACCUUCACAGAACCUGGUGGAAGCAGGUCUCGUCAAGGAAGCGGAACCACCCGAGAAAGAGCCCCUCUUCGAAAAGGCACGACGGGGCCAGUCAUCGUUCGCUAACAAACUUCGAAGAGGUCUGGAGAUCCCACAGAAGCUGAGCUCUGCAGGUGCAGAGUUGGGUUUAUCAAGAUCUGAACCAGGAUUGCACAUUUUGUUUUUCAGUGGUAAGUUUCCAUUUUAACCGAGCUGGACAAAUGCUAAU